GUACAUUCAUCCACCCAUCAACCUAUCAGUACAUCGUACCUCUACAUGAUCAUUCAGCAAUAUGGUAGUGAGCAUCUCGUCAUGCCCGACCGAGAUAAUUCAAAUGAUUGCCGUGGCUGCUGAUCCUACCGACCUGGCAAACCUACGCCUCGUCAGCAAACAAUGGUGCGCCGUGUCGAGCAGGCUUUUCGGGCUUGCGAACCUUCGCCAUCCUCGUUUUAUUAUAUCGCCCUACAGCUUGCAAGGUCUAGUGGAUCUCACAGCUCAUCCGAUAUUCGGUCCAUGUGUUGAGUCCGUUAACAUUGGCUCAUAUCGAUUGAAGAAGCACUUGGUGAACACGCAACCUCACCUCGAUAUCAAUCAUGCAAAUGCUGCAGCCCUCAUACAAUUUCGGUUCGAACAAACUGGCUCGCAUCUCAAUCUUCUGGCCCAGGCUUUUGCGAACUUGCGCGACCAUGGCGUAAUGCCCAUGCUUGGAGCAUUCGAAGACAUCGUUCAUCUUGCGCCCGACAAUGAGGUCGUUCGUCGCGGUUAUGGCUAUGACGAACUAUACGGCCCUAUCGAUGUCCUCAAGUGCGGGAAUACGCAAGUAGCUCAGACUCUCGUAAGUCUGAUUGAAGCAAGCCUGAAUUCGGACCAUGCACCCAGUGGAGUCUCAGUCGAUGUCAAAUGGGAUCCGAAUGAUCGUGAAGCCGUCUCUCUACACUCUGGACUCUACUCAUUACUCUACAAUCUUUCCAUCCAGAAGUGUGGUUGUUUGAAGUCCCCUAAAGACCUGACGGUGACGCUCACCAGCGGGAAAGACAAAAUCAGAAACAAGCAUCAUCUUGAAAUUCGUAACGAAAACAGUCAUUUGCGCCUGAUUCGUGUUUCCAUAGAGGAAUACGAAGACUCGAUUUUCCCGCAAUUGGAACCUGGUAUCUUCGGUCCGCUUUUCGAUGCCUGUUAUCAUGGACAGUUUCACCAAAUAACACUUUCAGAUUGCGAGAUUGACAGAUCAGUGUUCGGAUUGUUGAAGACGCAUGCCAGAAGCUUGCGACAUCUGACAUUACACCAAAUCGUUUUCCACGACUAUGAGCCCGACGAUGCAGUCGAUCUAUUCCUUGUUCUCCGGGACGACCUCGCUUUGUACACGAUCGAUUUUGAAAGAUUCGCAUUUUCUAACAAGCAUAGCGCCCUUGAGAUGUUCCGUGAGGAUCAUGGCUAUCAACCAUUUUUCGGCUGUGGACAGGUUGUCGCUCUGCUCAGUGGUUUGAUAACGGUCACGAUGAUGGGAACGACGACGGCGAACAUCACGACUACGAAUACGAGGGGGAGGAUGAGUGGGAGGACGAGGGCGCGAGUGGAGAUGAUGACGGUGAUCACCGCGACUACGAGCAAUCGAACGAUUGAUUGUGAUAAGAUCCUAAUGGGUGUGGAAAGUCUACGCUUCUUAUGUCAAAACCAAAGGGACUGGCAGAACAGCGCUUUACCUCUAAAAUCUCAGCUAUUACAAGUCUUGCGCUUCUUGGAAGCCUUGACGUACUCAAUUAUGAGCGCAAGGCCCCUCGGCCGUUGCCUGAUGUUCGAGGACGCCACGUUCGAGAGCGGGGACUUGACUUUGUGGAGUGUUGCAAGGCAGCUCAAUUUCCUCAUAACCUGUUUUGUACGCUGAUCCGGGAUCCUCUCGGCGUUCAUUCGAUGGUUAUAUGAUGCCGCUCCUGUACUACAUUU